UCACGAGAGACACCAUCGCAGUCAAAUUUCCACGUCUUAAAAGGCAACGAUACGCCUCUAAAAUCGCAUGGAAGCGGUGUGGGUUGUUUCCUAUGACGACAUUCGUGUUAGGAGUUGCUUGACUCGUUUUUAGGUGUUAAUUUGGUGACUUUGACACAGUUACCAGGACAUGAGCUCCAGCAGCCCGAGUACACAGCUGGCAGACGGACUGACUGCGCCUCCUGUGCGGAGCUGAGAGGUGCAGAUGCAGUCAGACCUCUCGGAAGGAGCCCUGAACUGAACUAUGGAUCAAACAAAAAGGUUUGCCUGUCCUGCUCGGGGGUGAGGAGGAGGAGGAGGAGGAGCAGAGCAGCUGAAGAGGAGGAGAUGGGCUGCACCUCAGCAAAGCAGGUGUCUGCCGUGCCAAAUGGUGAAGAGAGCCAGAAUAAAGCCUACAGCAAUGGGGACCUCCUCUCCGAUGAGUACAAGAUGAAAGGAGUGGAGAAAGUCAAGUACAUCAGCGGAGAAGAGGGAGGACUGGACGGCCAGGACAGCACAGAGAAAAGUGCUCUCCUUGGUAAAGGCCAACAUCUGGACGAAAGAGGGUCAGAUGGAAAUGAAAAGAUCCUGAGCAUCCACUCCUCAGAGAGUCAGCAAGAAUUCUUCAGGAUGUUGGAUGAGAAAAUUGAAAAGGGCCGGGACUACUGUUCAGAGGAGGAGGAUAUGACAUAGCACUGUGGUCGCCUGUCCAUCAGUCCCAGUAUGAGUGGACCUGUGUUGGAGUUGGACUCUACCAUGUGAAACCAUGUCGAGGGGGAAUCUGUCUUGUUUUCACUGUCCCUUGUAUGUACAUGCCUGAGAAGAACAGAGUAAUGACUUGAAUCAAGCACCUUUUUACCAUCCUACUCACAACCUGCUUGUCCGAUUAACCCAGAGGAGAGACUGAAAGACUGAAAUGAUAACCAAAACAUGGUUCAGUAUUUGUAAGUUUGCAAAGCUCUUCAAUAUUGAAGUUUACUUCCUCACCGAAGCCACUGAUAUCGCAGGAUCUGAAGGAACUUGUGUUUUCUUUCCCUGCGUGGAUAUCUACCUUGAAAGGUCCAUAUACAUGGGUGCAAUAGACACUUGAAAACACACUACAGCAGUAAAAAAAAGAAAAAGAAGAAAACAGACCAGUGCUGUUGUGGACACUUAAGUCAAAGUAAAAAAAAGUGUCUCCAUCCACAUUAUUUUGAGUAUUUCAUCCUCGAAUGCCUCGCUGAAACUGUCAACAGGUUGGAAACUUACUGCAUUCCAGACACAGUAUGUACCUCUUUUCUACAGCACCAGUGCAGCGUGUUUGUCUGUGUCUGUCCAUGUCCGUUACCGCGUUGAGUGUUUAUGUUGAAUUUCAAGGCUCAGGGCUGAAAGUGUUGUUAUCGUUGUCCCAUGUAGUCGAGUCUGUCCGUCCCCUCAUCGCGACACUGUUGCACCAUUAAAAAGACACACGUGCACUCACACAGCAGGGUCACUUCCUCCGUAUUAACCCUACAGGGCAGACACUGCGACAUCACAUCAUUAGUCUGAUUAUGUAUUUUUGCUCACCAGUGUUAAGUUGUAAAGUUUCUAUGUUGGAUUUUUGUUUUUUAGAAAAAUUAAAAGUGUUUCAGUAACAUAUCCACACAAGUGAUAAUGUUGUCUUGUUCUUAAAGGACGUGCAGCCGGUACAGAGUAACUGUGAGUAGUUGAGCAACACUACCGAGUUAAUAACAAUACAGAAAUAGCCAAAUUACAGCUGCAGUGUGUAACCUUUGGUGAUUUGUAUGUAAGUAAGGUCUUUGCCUUCAAUAUAAAAUAUAAAAGGCCUAUUGUAAGGCUGUGAAACCCAA